AACAGGGACUCGAGCCAAUGGAGGCGGGGAAGGGGGGUCAGUUCUGGGUGCCUCUUUAAGCAGCAGCACCCACGGGGGUGGCAGUGUAUGCGCAGGCCUUCUGCUGUGCUCUUCAUGGUGCAGGCCCCCUCCCCUGCCCAGGAGGGACCAAGGCUGGGGCUGGCCACCGGGCAGCUGGGCGUUCAGCAGCAAUGAAGAGCCAGGAGAGCAUGAGGGGCCGCCCGCGGCAGGGCCUGGAAUGGGUGGGCAGAGGCAGCAGGAAGGUCUUGCGCAUCUGGUUCGGCAAGAUGUCGGUGAAGCAGGGUGCACAGCGCAAGUGGGCAGCGCUGAAGGAAAGGCUGGGGCCGCAGGACACAGACCCCACGGAGGCCAACCUGGAGAACGCGGACCCCGAGCUGUGCAUUCGGCUACUGCAGGUGCCGUCUGUGGUCAACUACUCCGGUCUGCGCAAGCGCCUGGAGAGCAGUGAUGGCGGCUGGAUGGUGCAGUUCCUGGAGCAGAGCGGCCUGGACCUGCUGCUCGAGGCCCUGGCACGCCUGUCGGGCCGCGGCGUGGCCCGCAUUGCAGACGCCCUGCUGCAGCUCACCUGCAUCAGCUGCGUGCGUGCCGUCAUGAACUCGCAGCCCGGCAUUCAGUACAUCCUCAGCAACCAGGCCUACGUGCGCCAGCUAUCCCAGGCUCUGGACACAUCCAACGUGAUGGUCAAAAAGCAGGUGUUUGAGCUGCUGGCCGCCCUGUGCAUCUACUCGCCCGAGGGCCAUGCCUUGGCCCUGGACGCCCUGGACCAUUACAAGGCGGUGUGCAGCCAGCAGUAUCGCUUCAGCGUCAUCAUGAACGAGCUCUCCAACAGCGACAACGUGCCCUAUGUGGUCACCCUGCUCAGUGUGAUCAACGCCAUCAUCCUGGGCCCCGAGGACCUCCGUGCCCGCACCCAGCUGCGUGGUGAAUUCAUCGGCCUGCAGCUGCUGGAUGUUCUGACGCGGCUUAGGGACCUGGAGGACGCUGACCUGCUAAUCCAGCUCGAGGCCUUCGAAGAGGCCAAGGCCGAGGACGAGGAGGAGCUGCUGCACGUGUGCGGUGGCGUGGACAUGAACAGCCACCAGGAGGUCUUUGCCUCCCUGUUCCACAAGGUGAGCUGCUCCCCGGCAUCUGCCCAGCUGCUGUCAGUGCUGCAGGGCCUCCUGCACCUGGAGCCCACCCUCCGCUCCAGCCAGCUGCUCUGGGAAGCCCUGGAGAGCCUGGUAAACCGGGCUGUGCUCCUGGCCAGUGAUGAACAGGAAUGUACCCUGGAGGAGAUGGUCGAGCGGCUGCUGUCUGUCAAGGGACGACCCCGCCCAAGCUGCCUGGACAAGGCCCAUAAGAGUGUCCAGGCCGACCUAGGCCAGAGGGGCAGCUGCCUCCAAAACACUGACGCCCUAAGGGCAGGCAUGGAGGGCCAGCAGCCAACGGCGACCCUCGCUGGCCAGAGAGCAGGCCCCGAGAUGGCUGUACAGCCAACAGCCCUGGAACAGCCAGCGCCCACCCCACCCCUGCCUGCACCACCCCUCCCCCACUCCACCACCGGCCCUCUGCUCUCACCGCCACCCCUACCAGGCAUGGGGUGCCCACCCCCACCGCCACUGCCCGUCAUGGGCUGGGGCCCCCCUCCACCGCCACCCCUGCCAAGCACCUCUGGUCCCCCCGCAGCGGGUGGUGUGGAGGAGAUCAUUGUAGCCCAGGUGGACCACAGCCUGGGCUCUGCCUGGGUCCCCAGCCACCGGCAGGUGAACCCCCCCACAGUGCGCAUGAAGAAACUGAACUGGCAGAAGCUGCCAUCCAAUGUGGCACAAGAGCGCAGCUCCAUGUGGGCCUCGCUGAGCGGCCCGGGCUCCCCCGUGGUGGAGCCCGACUUCUCCAGCAUCGAGCGGCUCUUCUCCUUCCCCGUGGCCAAGCCCAAGGAGUCCGUGGUGGCCCCAGCCAGAAAGGAGCCUAAGGAGAUCACUUUCCUGGACUCCAAGAAGAGCCUGAACCUCAACAUCUUCCUGAAGCAGUUUAAGUGUUCCAACGAGGAGGUCACCGCUAUGAUCCGCGCAGGGGACACCACCAAGUUUGACGUGGAGGUGCUUAAGCAGCUGCUCAAGCUCCUUCCUGAGAAGCAUGAGAUCGAAAACCUGCGUUCCUUCAAGGAGGACCGAGCCAAGUUGGCCAGUGCCGACCAGUUCUACCUCCUCCUGCUGGGAAUUCCCUGCUACCAGCUGCGGGUCGAGUGCAUGCUGCUGUGUGAGGGCACGGCCGUCGUGCUGGACAUGAUACAGCCCAAGGCCCAGCUGGUGCUCGCUGCCUGUGAGAGCCUGCUCACCAGCCACCAGCUGCCUGUUUUCUGCCAGCUAAUCCUGAGAAUCGGGAACUUCCUCAACUAUGGCAGCCACACUGGGGACGCCGACGGCUUUAAGAUGAGCACGCUGCUGAAACUCACAGAGACGAAGGCCCAGCAGAGCCGCGUGACACUGCUGCACCACGUGCUGGAGGAGGUGGAGAAGAGCCACCCAGACCUCCUGCAGCUGCCACGGGACCUGGAGCAGCCGUCCCAGGCGGCAGGGAUCAACCUGGAGAUAAUCCACUCGGAGUCCAGCACCAACCUGAAGAAGCUUCUGGAGAUGGAGCGGAAGGUGUCCUCUUCCAUCCCGGAGGUGCAGGAGCAGUACGCCCACCGCCUCCAGGCCUGCAUCGAGGCCUCCCGGGCACUAGAGGAGGUGUUCCAGGCCAUCGAGCAGAAGAAGCUGGCACUGGCCCGCUACCUGUGCGAGGAUGCCCAGCAGCUGUCCCUGGAGGACACAUUCAGCACCAUGAAGACCUUCCGGGACCUCUUCGUCCGCGCCCUGAAGGAGAACAAGGACCGGCAGGAGCAGGCCGCCAAGGCAGAGAGGAGGAAGCAGCAGCUGGCCCAGGAGGAGGCGCAGAGGCCGCGGGGCGAGGACGGGAAGCCUGUCAGGAAGGGAGGCAGGCAGCAGGAAGAGGUGUGUGUCAUCGACGCCCUGCUGGCUGACAUCAGGAAGGGCUUCAAGCUUCGGAAGACCGCCCGUGGCCGAGGGGACCCAGAAGGGGCCAGCAGGGUGGUGGCUGCGGAGCCCCCGAGGGACAGGGCUUCUGUGGCCGCCAGUGACCCCACAGGAGGCCCCGUGGGAGGCACCAGCUGCCCUGCCUCUGGGCCUGGUGUUGACACUACAGUGGCCAGGGAGCCUCAGGACUGGGAUCUCGUGGAUGCCACCGCCUCCAGCCCAAAGCCUGCUGGAGACCUGUCGGAGGAGGGCGGCCCCGGUCCCCAGGAGAGACGCUCUUCCUGGUACAUCGAUGCCAGCGAUUUCCUGUCUGUGGAGGACCCACAUGGCCCCCAGCCGUCUGCAGGGCCCUGGCCGCUGGUGCUAGGGGACGCUAAAGCCCUGAAGCCUCUUCAGUUCUCCAGUGACAAGCUCCCUGGGGCCAUGGGUUCGAGCCAUGACCCUGAGGGCCUCACAGCCCCACGGGGCAUCUGCCAGGCCGAGGCCAUCAGCACAGGCGAGGGAUUGGAGGACACAGCUGCCCACAACCGCGGCACCAGCCUUCUUGCCACGGGGCCCGGCGGGGAGGAGGACGAGGAGGACACGGCCCCAGACUCCACUCUGGACACAUCCCUGGACAGGUCCUUCUCCGAGGAUUCGGUGACCGACUCUUCAGGGUCUGGCGCCCUCCCCAGAGCCCGCAGCCGGGCCUCAAAGGGGACAAGCAGGCGAAGGAAGAAGCGCCCGUCAUGGAACCAGGAAGGCCUCAGGCCCAAGCCCAAAGCCAAGUGACAGACCCUGUGGGCUCUGGACGUGCUGCUGAAGGGGGCCCUGCAGGGCCAGCUGGGACUGGGCCCUGGAAACGGAAACUCUGUGCCUUACCUGGCCAGGGACAUGGGCUUCCUGGAGCCAUCCGGAGGCCGUGGUCCCAGCCUGCCUGGCGCCCCCUGGCCUGCAUGCACGCCCCCAGCCCCUUGUGGUCUGCUUUCCAAAGCUGAUGCCUGCCCCUGCACCUGCACGCACAUGGCGUCCACCCGCCCACACGCACAGGGAGUCAGGUGGCUGCGUCCCCGGGGCACCUCUAAGUUUGCACCCAUUUUCCAGUGAGCCGGCACCCAGAUUCUUCUGGAGUACAGGUCCUCGCAGACCCUUCCCCGGAAGCCAAGGGAGCCAGGCGGAGCUGGAGCCCCCACUCCCCACCAGACCCCACCCAUGCUCCCCAGCUCUGCCUCCCAACCUGCUCAGCUGGGCUGGAACAGUGUUUUUAACCAAAAUACGAUUGCUUCUGCAUUUCUGCUGUCCUGUGGUGGCUAAAUUAGGGAAGGGUGGGUGGGUGAGAGCACCCCACGGCUUUGGGUAGAGGCAGGCUGGCCGACUGUGCUGUGGGCAGGACAGGGUCCCCCUGCUAGCAGACGGGCAGAGGACCACAUGGCAUUGGCCCCCACCCCAGUACAUCCAGCACUGAGGGUGACAAGGUGUCUGCCCCUGCUGCCAUGCCAGGACCUGGCCACCUUUUCAACAGGUGCUGCUCCCAUCCCAAUGGGCUGAGAGGAGGCAUAGGGGACAGGAGGCUGCCACCUUUCCUCACAGACCCACCCAGCAAGGGGCAGCCUGCCCAUGCCCCUGCCCGCACCCCAGGCCUGCUGCCAAGGCUGGAAGCUGGAGGGACUUGGACCAAUAAAGUGCAGAGCUGGCCCAG